AGUAGCCUUCGUUGUAAAGCGCUAUGACAACAAGGCGAAGAUGGCUUGGAGUUAGUCAGGAGUGAGGAGGUGUCCUUUCCGUUGCUGCUGUCCCUUUUCUGCUAAAUCCCACUCACCGCUUCCUUCAUAAUUUCCUCCUCUGUGAGCAGCAGGACUUUCCGCUGUUCUCGCCUACCUGGUCUCUUCCAAAGAAUUGAUGCCGUUUUCCCCGCUUGUCUCCGGGGGUGAUAGUGUGGAUGCAGGGGAGCUUCUUGGUGGGAUCGCUCUAACUCUGGAGCUGGUGGUGCUACCUGGUGAGGCGCUCUCUUUCCCUGGGACGUGGAAUACGUUGGAGCAGGAGAACCAGAGGGAAUAUUAAGGGUUGCUUUUCUCUGCACCCUCCGUUCUUGCUCUUUUUCCAGCUCAGGGACCUCGUCAGACGUCCUGAGGGAAGAGAGUUCAAAGAAAGGUGGGGCAGGACCCUCCCGAGUCGGCAUCAGAGUGAAAGAAAAUGUCUUUAUUUAAAGCCCGUGAUUGGUGGUCUGCUGUUCUGGGAGAAAAAGAAGAAUUUGAUCAAGGCUGUUUGUGUUUGGCUGAUGUUGACAAUACUGGAAAUGGACAAGGAGAUGGAGCUCAGGCUGAAGAUUUGCUUCUAGAAGUGCAUCUACGAGAUCCAAUACUGCAAGUAGAAGUAGGAAAGUUUGUUUCAGGUACUGAAAUGCUUCAUUUGGCUGUGUUGCAUUCUAGAAAACUUUGCAUCUACUCUGUCUCAGGAAUUUUGGGUAAUGUGGAACAUGGGAACCAAUAUCAGAUCAAAUUGAUGUAUGAACAUAAUCUUCAGCGAACAGCCUGCAAUAUGACUUAUGGACCAUUUGGUGGUGUAAAAGGUCGAGAUUUAAUUUGUAUCCAGUCUAUGGAUGGGAUGCUGAUGGUGUUUGAGCAGGAAAGCUAUGCUUUCGGGAGAUUUCUCCCUGGUUCUCUUUUACCUGGCCCUCUUGCUUACAGUUCCCGUACAGAUUCCUUCAUUACUGUUUCUUCCUGCCAACAAGUUGAAAGUUACAAGUACCAAGUACUUGCUUUUGCAACAGAUGCAGAUAAAAGACAAGAGACUGAGCAGCAAAAACUUGGUUCUGGAAAAAGACUGGUUGUGGAUUGGACUCUAAAUAUUGGAGAGCAAGCCCUUGAUAUAUGUAUUGUCUCUUUCAAUCAGUCAGCAUCUUCUGUUUUUGUUCUUGGUGAGAGAAAUUUUUUUUGCCUUAAGGAUAAUGGACAAAUUCGAUUCAUGAAGAAACUUGAUUGUAGCCCAAGUUGUUUUCUCCCAUAUUGCUCAGUUUCCGAAGGAACAGUAAAUACUUUGAUUGGAAACCACAAUAACAUGUUGCAUAUUUAUCAGGAUGUGACACUGAAGUGGGCCACUCAACUUCCUCACGUACCUGUAGCAGUAAGAGUGGGCUGUUUACAUGAUUUAAAGGGGGUCAUAGUCACUUUGAGUGAUGAUGGUCACUUGCAGUGUUCAUACCUGGGGACAGACCCUUCUUUGUUCCAAGCUCCAAAAGUUGAAUCUAGAGAACUAAAUUAUGAUGAACUUGAUACAGAAUUGAAAGAACUUCAGAAAAUCAUCAAAGAUGUUAACAAAUCACAAGGUGUUUGGCCCAUAACUGAGAGAGAAGAUGACCUGAAAAUCUCUGCUAUGGUUUCUUCUAACUUUGACUCAGUAUCUCAAGCUACUGAUGUUGAAGUGGGAACUGACCUUGUCCCUUCAGUCACAGUGAAGAUCACACUACAGAAUCAAGUGGCAUUGCAAAAGAUCAAAUUAUCAGUCUAUGUGCAACCACCUUUAGUAUUAACUUGUGAUCAGUUCACCUUUGAAUUUAUGGCACCAGAGAUGACUAGAACAGUAGGCUUUUCCGUUUAUCUGAAAGGAAGUUAUACACCACCUGAAUUGGAAGGAAAUGCUGUUGUUUCUUAUUCCAGACCAACAGAUCGAAAUCCUGAUGGCAUUCCUCGAGUUACCCAAUGUAAAUUUAGACUUCCCCUGAAAUUAGUCUGCUUACCAGGCCAGCCUUCAAAAACUGCAAGCCACAAACUAACUAUUGAAACCAACAAAUCUCCAGUUAGUCUUCUCAGUCUCUUUCCAGGCUUUGCUAGUCAGUCAGAAGAUGAUCAGGUGAAUGUAAUGGGUUUUCACUUCUUAGGAAGUUCCCGAGUUACUCUUCUUGCUUCCAAAACGUCUCAGCGAUAUCGCAUUCAGAGUGAACAAUUUGAAGAUCUUUGGCUCAUAACAAAUGAGCUUAUUAUUCGCCUUCAAGAAUAUUUUGAAAAACAGGGAAUCAAAGAUUUCGCAUGUUCUUUUUCUGGAUCUAUGCCCCUUCAAGAGUAUUUUGAGUUGAUUGAUCAUCAUUUUGAGUUGCGGAUAAAUGGUGAAAAAUUAGAAGAACUUUUAUCUGAAAGAGCUGUACAAUUUCGAGCCAUUCAACGGCGGCUGCUAACAAGGUUCAAAGAUAAAACACCUGCCCCCCUGCAACACCUGGACACCUUGCUAGAUGGAACUUACAAGCAGGUAAUCGCUCUAGCAGACGCAGUAGAGGAAAACCAAGACAAUCUGUUCCAGUCAUUCACCAGGCUGAAGAGUGCCACCCAUUUGGUGAUUCUGCUGAUCGGGCUGUGGCAAAAGCUUAGCACUGACCAGAUAGCUAUUCUGGAGGCGACAUUUCUGCCGCUGCAGCAGGAUACUCCAGAACUGGGCUGGGAAGAAACGGUGGAUGCUGCUAUUUCCCACCUCUUGAAGACCUGCCUGUCGAAGAAUUCAAAGGAGCAGGCUUUGAACCUCAGCAGCCAACUGAGCAUGCCCAAAGACACGAGUCGAUUAAAGAAACACAUCACCCUGCUCUGUGAUCGAUUAGCCAAAGGGGGACGUCUCUGCCUAAGUACUGACGCAGCGGCUCCGCAGACCAUGGUCAUGCCAGGUGGCUGUGCUACAAUCCCAGAAUCGGACCUGGAAGAAAGAUCAAUAGAACAAGACUCCACUGAACUGUUUACCAACCACAAACACCUCAUUGUGGAGACACCCAGGGCUGAAGUUUCACCCCUCCAAGGCGUCUCAGAAUAGUUCAAGUAGAGUUGUCUGGUGGAGGGGAAGAUGGCCUUCCCAAGCCUGAUCCUGUGUGGACCUCAUGCCAAGCACAGAUGAAGGGCUGGCCCAGGUGCUUCAUCCAGCUUACCUGCCAGGAGCUGACACUAGGUAGAGAUGGGGGUCGGGACUCUUUGUUUGCUAGGAGGACCUGUAAUACCAUUUGCAAGUUGGUCAUCUGUAUGCCUUCAGCCACAGGAUAUAGUGAUAUGACAUCUUCUGGGGACAGACUUUAUAAUAUGAAGACCUAGAUCCUAUUUGAUACCCCAUUUUUUCACAGAAUUCUUAUAUAGUAAAUGUAUCAAGUUUAAUAAAGCAUCUCAUUGUCAAACAA